AUGGGCUAUGAAAGGCCGUUGUGGUUCUCGAAAGAUCCUGCCGCAGAUACAUCGCAAAGUUUCUACAGUGGGCAGUUUUCGUUGGUCGGAAAACCGGAAUGGUUCGACCUGGUUGCACGUGAAUAUGAUGCCUGUCGUGAAAGUGUUGCUGUAAUUGAUCUGUCCAGUUUUGCCAAAUAUAAUAUUGAGGGCCCGGAUGCGGUAGAAUUUUUGCAGUAUGUUUGCUCCGGAAAUGUAGAUGUACCAGUUGGCACAGUGAUUUAUACGGGGAUGCAAAACGAACAUGGUGGCUUCGUUUCGGAUUGCUCAAUGUGCCGAUUGGAUGAGGACAAAAACAUUUUUUAA